AUGUUUUCCGAAAGUCGAUAUAACAUUCUGGUUCGUAGAGAUUCAGGAACCGAGAGCCGUAAAACAAAAAGAACGAUUCACCACUUUGUGAACUACCUUCUCACUACUUUAGUAUUUACAACAACUGUUUUCGAUAUGCCUAGUGCUUCCGAAACGUGUAGAAUCUUCAUGGAAAAAUUACCAUGUGUCCCAACUGAAAUACUCGAUAGACCGGGAUACACAAUGCUUGGAAACCUGUACACUGUAAGAAUAAUUAUUCCGAUGGAUAUUACAAUAUGCUUCAUUCAAAUCAUCGCUUUUUUCUAUUCAACAUGGUCGCAUAUUUCCAACACAAAAUCACAAUCUCAUCGGACCACAGAACUUCAGAAAAGUUUUUUCAAAGCUUUACUUCUUCAAAUUAUGUUUCCGUUCUGUAUCCCGGUCUAUCGAGUAUUUCAGUUGGGACACAUGUUAAACAUGAGAAUGAACAGAUUUCUCGUUUACUAUAUUUUUAUAGGCGCUAUAAUUUUACCCGCAUAUUACUUAUUACUUACUAUAAAAUUUUUCAUUUUUGCUAUUUUUCCCAUAGGCCCAUUUCAAAAUUGCGAGGAGGUUUAUUUACAAUGGUAUGUUCUGAUUAUUCCUAUAAACUAUUUCUCCAAAAAAUUUGGCGAGUACGUUGAACAAAAUACAAAAAAUUUGACGACAAUCGAGUUUUAUGAAAAUCAAUCAGAUCAAGUUGUAGUCAGUCACGAGAAGAUUGUAUUGAGAGCAGCUCUAAAAGACAGUUUCCCUAUGUACUCGAAUUUCAUAAUCUGUUCGCUAUACGUUUCUUGUAAUCCCUGGUUAUUCUGGCCGAGCUUUUCAAUUGCCUUACUCAUUUUCUAUCAUUUUGUUACUAGCUCAUUUUUACCAAUUUUCUACUAUUCAUUGUUUACAAAGUUUAUUAUUUUUUGUAUUCUUUACAAUCCUCCAAUCGAAAAAUGUGAAUUAUUAUAUUCGAAAUGGGGUCUGCUUGCUAUUCCUUUGUAUUUUUCAUCCUACCAAUUCGAAAAGUACGUUGAAAGAAACUCCAAAAAUUUGACAACUCUUGGGAGCUACGAAAAGCGUUCAAAUCAAAUAAUUAUCAGUCAAUAUGAGAUGAUAUUAAAAGAAAAUUUGAGUAUUUCGGAAUCUGAGAAUUUCGGAACUUCAGACUCGGGCGUCGCCGGCAACUUCUGGCCGGAGGCUGGUCGGCUUCAGGACGGAACUUGGUCAGAUUCCGGCAAAGACAUUGUGGGAAGCCGACCAAGAUCCAAACUACCGGCCAACUUCUGA